CUUGUUUUCGUCUCUUUCACAGCGGCUAUUCAGAUUCCCACUGUGUCAUUCACUGAGAUUAAUGUGAACAGGAGCGCGCUGCGCGAGUUCGACGGGCUGCUGCUGAGGAAGGUUUUCCCUAAGAUCUUCUCAUCCAGCUUGGUCCAACAUGAGCUGGUGGGAAACUACAGCCAACUGUUCAGGAUACCAGGAAGUGAGCCUGAUCUGGAGCCCUACAUGCUGCUGGCACACAUUGAUGUAGUGCCGGCUGAUGAGGCGGAUGGAUGGGAUGCUCCUCCUUUCUCUGCUCAAGAGCUCAAUGGCUUCAUUUAUGGACGAGGAACCAUCGACAAUAAACAGUCUGUGAUGGGGAUCCUUCAGGCAUCGGAAUACUUGCUGGAACGAGGUUACACUCCUCGGAGAAGCUUCUACAUCGGCUUGGGUCACGAUGAGGAGGUGAAUGGUUUAUAUGGGGCAGCUAAUAUUGUGAAGCUCCUGAAGAGUCAGGGGGUGAAGCUCCAGUAUGUUUUAGAUGAAGGCCUGGCGGUGCUGGAUGGGAUCAUAAAUGGCCUGGAUGGACCUGCUGCUCUAAUAGGUAUCAGUGAGAAAGGUCAAGCCACAGUAAAGCUGAGUGUAAGCAGCGCUCCAGGACAUUCAUCCAUGCUACCCAGAGAGAGCAGUAUUGGCAUCUUGGCCUCAGCUGUCAACAGAUUGGAGGAAAAUCUGAUGCCCAGGCUGUUUGGUUAUGGUCCUGAGCGUAGCACAUUUGAACACCUGGCCCAUAAGUUUGGUCUGCCUCUCAGAUUCAUCACGUCUAACCUGUGGUUCUUCUCUCCGCUACUCAGCAGGGUGUUGGAGAGAAUAAAUAACACAAAUGCUUUUGUGAGGACCACGACAGCCGUCACAAUGUUUAACUCGGGUGUAAAGAUUAACAUAAUCCCGUCCUAUGCUGAAGUUUUUGUCAAUUUCCGGAUCCACUCAGCCCAAACACUGCAGGAGGUUCUGGAGUUAGUCAAGUCAGAUGAGCGUGUGAAGGUAGAGCUGGUCAAUGGAUUCGACCCGCUGCCCAUCAGCUCCUAUGAUGAGCAGGCGUUUGGCUUCCAGAUCAUAAAGAAAAUGGUGCAGAGCAUGUUUCCUCAGCUCACGGUGGCCCCUGGUAAGACAAGUGAUGCAUUUCUGCUGAACACAGAUACCUGUGAAUCCUUAGUUAUUUUUGGCACUGAUAUGGUCUGUGCUGAGACUGAAAAUGACUAAAAAUGUUUAAUUAACAUUAAGCAGUAAUUAGAAAUUUUAAGAAGGUUAAAUAAUUUUUUUUAUUUCAAGUUUAAAUUAAUAAAUUGUUUUAAU